AUGUCUGACAUUCAAUUAUCACAAUAUAUACAAAGUUGUAUUAUAGAAAGAUGGUUUGGAUCAAACUUGCAUGGUGACAAGGACACCUUUCAAGGUAGGGUGUAUUGGUUUAUGAUGUAUAAUGGAGAGAAGAGAAGAUCUGUAGAACCAAUCGCCACAACUCGGAUAAUAGACGUCGCAUUGGUUUCAAAGUGGUGGUUAAAGGUUGUUAGACAGAGAUCAUCAGUCUAUUUUAGAGGUCAAUUGGACGCUUUAAUACUCGAAUCAAUACAUUCAAGUAGUCAUUCAAUCUACUCUUCAAACAAUAUUCAUACACUAAAAUGGUCACUUAAAGGACUAGAGAACUUUCGAGGAUCAACUCUCAACUAUUCAAAUCAAUUAAUGCAACUACUACCUCACCUACAAACCAUCAACCUUAGAUGUGAUGGUAAGGUGAAUGUACCAGUAAUGGAAGCACUCAAAUCAAUUCAACAGCAACAUCCUCAUAUAGUUAUCAACAUUGAGUUUGCUCUCAAUGGAGGUACUCACAACUUGGACGAAAAUAUCGAGUGGCCGCCAUCGUUGUAUGGGUUUACUCCCAACUCAGUGGCAUUGGGGACAAGCGAUUUCAAUCCAUAUAUAUUUUUUGAUGGCAGUGACUAUCCGAGUGAAUGUAUCAAUAUGUUCAAAGAUCUUCAACCACAAUCACUCAAUUUGUACACUGACGGCGUUACCUCUAAACAUAUCAAAUACUCAAAUGUUUUCAAGCACCUCACAUCAAUCAAACAUCUCAACAUUGGUUACGAUUUUGUAGAGUUGUCAGAAUUGAAACAUUUGGUUGAUGGCAAACAAUACAUGCACUUGGAAUCGUUAAAGGUCGAUUUAAUCACUAAUAUUUUUGAUGAUAACCCCGAUCAUCCAUUAGAUCCGAAUAGAUUAAACGCAUUUCAAUCGGCAUUUGAAUCAAUCUGGAGUGGUGGAGGUAACAGUAAGAUUGACUAUCUUGCUUUGAUAUACAUGCCAAAUGUCAUGUCUGCCAACCUAUGGAAUAAACUAUGUCAUGUCAAUUGUCGUAUCACCAAAUUACUAUUAAACAAUGGAACAGUGACCAAUGAAAUGGUUCCAUCACUCGCCAAUCUAAUUGCUACCAACACCACUAUUACAGUUCUAUCAAUUAGAGGUAACAAGUUAAGACAAUUGAACAAUGAAUUGGCUGAAGCAUUCAAACAAAACAAAACAAUCACCGUAUUGGAUAUUGGUUACAAUUUUUGCAAUGAUUAUCAAGAGGCCUCAUCUUUUUUCAAUGCCUUGUUGUGCAGUGAUACUGUCCAAUAUUUUUUCCUCAACAUCAAUCAAAAUCAUUAA